CGCCAACCUGGGACAAGAAGCAAGGAGCUAUUUAGUCACCCAAUACGCAUCACUAAAGGGAUGCCGAGGAGAAAGACUUAACUUUGCAAUGGCAUCAACCAUUGCUUUCUCUAAACAAGGACGUUUUCUUAAAGCGGACAUGUGCUGUUGGAUGGCAGGUAAUUCUUGGCCCCUGCUGGGCAGUGUAAUGAUGCUGGCAAGAAUGUGAUUGUGUCUGCUCUCUCUCCCUUUCGGAGAGCUGCUUUUCUGCAUCUGGAGCGAAGAGGAGGGGGGGAGCAGCUGGGAAACCAACGAUCUGCCUGCGUUGUUCCAUCUGCAGCCUGCGGAUUCCAUCCAAAGGGUGAAACUUGUGAUGCACACAGGUACCCGUUGCUUUCAAGUGGCGGUCGUGAAGGUGUGUGUAUGUGUAUUCAAAGAGGUUUAAAUACCUACCUCCUGCGCGAGAUUCAAAAUGUGAAGAGGAGACGGUACUGCCUACAUCACAGAUUGAUUGAAAGGCUGAGAAUAGAGAGAGAAUAAGAGGGUGAAUGGAUGAGUAUGUACACAAUUUAAGCAGUGAGGGAGAGAAUGAGGUAGUUGGAAUAUGUUCAGAUUCCUUUCAGAACGAGAGUGAGAGAGAAAGAGAGAGAGAGAGAUUUGUGUGACGUGUGUGACCGCGUUCUCUCAGUUCGAAGCAGAGAGACAGGUCUGUGUGCUGACACUCACUCUAGCGGGCUGAUGCACUCUGGAGGUGAGCGCAGGACCCUCUGGGAGACGUGUACAGCUCGAGCUGCCAGAGAUGAUUUGAAAACCUGGAGAUUUGCACUACACAUGCUGAACUGCAUACCUGCAUAUUCCUCUGCGUCUUAGAGCACUCCACACACACGUGCAGACAUGCAAACCAUGGAUUCUCUGGUCAACGAUACGGAUGGAUUGGAGAACUCCUUGAAGAACUCAAAGUGUGAGCAGACGGAGAAGAUGUGGAUAAGGUUUAAAGGAAUGCAGAAGUACAAAAGCACAUCUCAAAGAUUGAGAUGUCUCGUGAAGCAACUGGAUAAGGGGGAGGUGAACAUCGUCGAUCUAAGGAAAAACAUUGAAUAUGCAGCUUCGGUUCUGGAGGCAGUGUACAUCGAUGAAACUCGGCGACUGCUGGACACGGAAGACGAGCUCAGUGAUAUCCAGGCAGACUCUGUGCCCAUGGAGGUGCGGGAUUGGCUGGCCUCGACCUUCACCAGGAAGAUGGGUGUGGUGUGCAGACGGCCCGAGGAGAAGCCACGGUUCCGCAGCAUCGUUCACGCCGUUCAAGCCGGGAUCUUUGUGGAGCGAAUGUACAGAAGAACGUCUAAUAUGGCAGGGUUGACAUACCCACCAUCUGUAAUUGCAGCAUUAAAGGAUGUUGAUAAAUGGUCAUUUGAUGUCUUCACGCUUCAAGAGGCGAGUAAUGAACAUGCACUGAAGUUCCUGGUGUACGAACUGCUCACCAGAUAUGACCUGAUCAGUCGCUUCAGGAUACCAGUAUCCUCCUUGGUGUCCUUUGUGGAAGCUCUGGAAAUGGGCUACAGCAAGUACAGGAACCCUUACCACAAUCUGAUCCACGCUGCCGAUGUCACACAGACCGCACACUAUCUGAUGCUACACACUGGGGUUAUGCACUGGCUCACCGAACUGGAAAUAUUGGCAAUGGUGUUUGCUGCUGCUAUCCAUGACUUUGAACACACAGGAACCACCAAUAACUUCCACAUACAGACCAGAUCAGAAGUGGCCAUCCUGUACAAUGAUCGCUCUGUCCUGGAAAACCACCAUGUGAGUGCAGCCUACAGACUAAUGCAGGAAGACGAGAUGAACAUCCUGGUGAAUCUCUCCAAAGACGACUGGAGGGAGCUGCGUACACUGGUGAUCGAAAUGGUCAUGAGCACAGAUAUGUCCUGUCAUUUCCAGCAGAUCAAGACUAUGAGAAACACACUCCAACAGCCAGAGGGAAUAGACAAGGCUAAAGCAUUGUCUCUGAUGCUUCACGCAGCUGAUAUCAGUCAUCCUGCUAAGGGCUGGAAGCUGCACUACCGCUGGACACAAGCACUUAUGGAGGAGUUCUUCAGACAGGGUGACAAGGAGGCAGAAUUAGGACUGCCGUUCUCUCCACUGUGUGACCGGAAAGCCACUAUGAUUGCCCAGUCUCAGAUAGGGUUCAUUGAUUUUAUCGUGGAGCCCACGUUCUCUGUUCUGGUCGACAGCACAGAGAAAAUCAUUAGUCCUCUCAUAGAGGAAGCUGUAAAAUCUGAGGGGGUCCGCAGGUCAAGUUUAACAGGUCGGGGCUCGGCCGCAGUGGUGGAGUCAGUGCAGAGACACAGCGGUCGUGGUUCAAAUGACGAGCAGGGAGGAUCUACAGAUUACUCACUGGGCAGUAUCGACCUGAAACGAGUGCAACACCUGCUUUCUGAAAUCAUUCAGAACAACAAGGAGCGCUGGAAAGAGCUGUCUGUUCAAGAGUUGGCCAAUAAGGAACACGAGAGAAUAUCAGAACAGGAAGUGGACCCCUUGAGGAGUGCACAAGUCACACUGUCACACAGCAGUCCAGCUAGAGGGAGUCUGGAGUCUGAAUCAAAGUCGCUGAAUGAACUGAACAAUACAGACUCGACUCACUCUUCCCAGGACUCUCUGGACCAGUGUUACCAGUCCCCCACUGAGGGACACGGCAACGGUUCAGCUGACGAGCACAGCUCAGACACUCUGCCUUGGAAUGGUAAAACUGCCUGACGUCACCACGUCAGUGUGAAAGUUGAAUGUUUUUAGUGCAGCUUUUGCUGUGUUUUUAAUCACAAACUCAAGGAUGAUGUACAUAGCAUUGUCCUCAUUGUAUUGUAAUGCUGUUAUACUCUUGGGCUUGGAGGGCUUACUGUGCAAACGGAUGUACAAAAUGUCCACGAAGCGACU